UCACUUCGUUCAGAGUAACAUUUGACUCCCACUGCCAUUCGCUCCCUCACAUUUGCUUACACGCACCCAACUUGCACCUAUCACUUCCAACCGUCAACAUGGGUAACACGAGAGUUUCCACUAUCCUCGCGGCCUUGACCUCCGCUGCUACCGUCGCCGCCCACGGCCACGUCAACCACAUUGUUGUCAAUGGCGUCUUUUACCAAGGCUACGAUCCCACCGUCUUCCCCUACAUGGCUACGCCCCCCACCGUCAUCGGCUGGAGCACGUCGCAGACGGACAACGGGUUCGUCGAGCCGAACAACUUCGGCAGCGCCGACAUCAUCUGCCACAAGAACAGCGCGCCCGGCGGCGGCCACGUCCAAGUCAAGGCCGGUGAUAGCAUCAGCAUCACCUGGAACACUUGGCCCGAGUCGCACAAGGGCCCCAUGAUCGACUUCCUCGCACCCUGCAACGGCCCCUGCGAGAGCGUGUCCAAGGAGAGCCUCAACUUCUUCAAGAUUGACGAGGUCGGCAUCGUCGACCCCAACGGAGCCCAGAACGGCCUCUGGGGCUCGGAUGUGAUGAUCGCCAACAACUUCACUUGGCUCGUCCAGAUCCCCGCCAACAUCAAGGCUGGCAACUACGUCCUGCGCCACGACACGAUCGCCCUGCACGCCUCUGGCCAGCUCAACGGCGCCCAGGCCUACCCCCAGUGCUUCAACCUCGAGGUCACCGGCGGCGGCAGCGACGUCCCCACUGGUGUCCCCGGCACUCAGCUCUACAAGGCUGACGACCCGGGUGUCCUCGUCAACAUCUACACGACCGGCCUCCAGUACACGAUCCCCGGCCCGGCGCUGAUUGCUGGCGCUUCUUCGUCUGUCCUCCAGUCCUCGUCCCGCAUCACUGCCACGGGCACUGCGACCGUCGGCAGCGGUAACGGCGGCGGUGCCACCACGACUGCUGCUGCCAGCCCGACCACCACCGCUGCUGCUCCCACCACCCCUACCACGCAGCCCCAGCAGGCCACUACCACGACCGCGAACCCCGUCACUCCCACGACUCUCGUCACCUCGUCGAGGGCCGCUGCCCCUACUACUCCCGCCACCACUCCUGCCACCACUACUGCCCAGGCUUCCCCCACCGCCGGUGUCGGCGCGCAGAGCCUGUACGGCCAGUGCGGCGGCAUCAACUGGACCGGCCCGACCGCCUGCGCCCAGGGCACCUGCAAGAACUACAACCCGUACUACUUCCAGUGCGUGUCCGCGUAAGCGAGACACGCUGACGAACGCCAACGCUUCGGGGGAGGAUGCAUGCGACAGGUAAAUGGGGGGUUUAGACGGGAUAGAUAGGGAUGGGAGGAACGAAGAGGGAACUACUCGACACUCAUGCGGCACACAGGCACACUUGAAUGUGACCGCGCCUGGUGCCGACCGGAACGAAAAAAAAACACAAUAGCGACGACGACGCGACUACGUGAACCGACUUGGUCUCGGCUCCGCAACCCCCUUUCUUACCUUCUUGUAUCUACGAUUAUACGCCUUCUUGAAUUGACAGUACAUACAAUCAA